AUGACGGCCACCAAAGGUGCUGCGACGAGCAAGGCCGCACUUGACGUCGCCAUCAUGGGUGGCGGCAUCGUGGGCCUCAUCCUGGCUCUAGGACUGCUCCGACGAGGAUUUACUGUCAAGGUUUACGAGCAGGCCCAGGAGUUCCACGAAAUCGGCGCCGGAGUCGCCUUCACAGCCAACGCGCAGCGGUGCAUGGAGCUGCUCGACCCUCGCAUCCUGGAAUCCAUGAAGAGAGUCGCCAACAAGAAUCCAAAUGACUACUACCAAUACGUUGACGGAUAUAACCAUCGCACUGACGAUCCGACGGACACACGCGAGGAGUUGCUAUUCAAGAUCUACGCAGGCGACGUCGGCUUUGAUGGCUGCCACCGGGCACAUUUCCUUGCCGAGUUGGUCAAACUCCUGCCUCCCGGAGUGGUGGAAUUCCGAAAGCGUUUUGACUCCUAUUUGGAUCGGGGAGACGACCAGAAAUUGUUGUUGCAGUUCUGCGAUGGGACCACGGCAGAGGCAGAUCUUGCGGUAGGGUGCGACGGGAUCAAAUCGCGAGUACGACAAAAGAUGUUUGGCGAAGAGAACCCGGCGUCGUACGCACACUACACCCACAAGGUCGCGUAUCGCGGGCUCAUUCCAAUGGACGCAGCGGUUGCGGCACUCGGCCAGGACCGCGCUUUCAACCAGUGUAUGCACAUGGGGCCCAAGGCCCAUGUGCUCAACUUCCCCGUGGCCAUGCAUACAAUGAUGAACGUGGUCGCCUUUGUUCACGACCCGAACGACUGGUCGAUAGAGGGCAAGAUGGAUGUGCCCGCCAGCCGGGACGAGGUGGUUGCGGCCUUUACAGACUGGAGCCCGGCGGUCCGCGGCAUGAUUGAUCUGUUGCCCGACCAGCUGACAAAGUGGGCCAUCUUCGACACGUAUGAUUAUCCUGCUCCUUUCUACGCGCUCGGCCGCGUGUGUCUGGCCGGAGAUGCAGCCCAUGCCUCAUCGCCGCACCACGGGGCCGGUGCCGGAUUCGGUGUGGAAGAUGCCCUCGUCCUGAGUACGCUGCUGGAAGAGGCGGUGGCCACGUUGCGAGGCCGCGAUACCCACCGAGCGGCGGCGGUGACUGCCAGUCUACAGGCGUACAGCGAAGCACGUCAUGAGCGAAGCCAGUGG